UGGAGCGGUCGCCGAAGUUGUGGCGUUGGUUUGUUCUUUGGAUCUGAGCUCCUCUCUCUUAUUUUAAUUUUUAAUUCUAUUUAUAUAUCUUAAAACAACAAACCAACAAUAACAUCAUCAAUAAUUAGCUGUGCCUGCGAAGAAAAAAUGAAAUAAAAAAGAAAGGAGGAGGAGGAAAAUAAGAAUUAGAAAAAUAGAAGUAAAAAUAAAAACAAAAAAUUUUCUCGAAACCUCCCAAGAUCGUUCUUCUCUUUCCAUUUCGUUUCCAACUCGAUCUUCUCUUCCUUUCCCUCCAUAUAUAGCUUCCAAUUUCGAGAAUAAUAUAAAUGAUAAUAGUCAAUAUUGCGCGAAUUACCAUUUGAGUAUUCGAUCUCUGUGAUUGCGUUCCGUUGUGCUUGUUUGGUUUGAUUUGAUGGAAGAAUAGGAUCAAGGUUAAGGCGUGUUUAUUUGGCUGUGAAUGGAAAGGAAGAGGAAGGAGCUGUGAUAGACGAGGUCAAGGAUGUUGUAUUUGAAGCAGCCAAGCUCCAUUAUAUGCAAAGGCUGCGAUUCUGGCUGUAUUUAACGAGAAUUUUAUUUGUUUUUAUUUUUAUUUUUAUUUUUCUUUUGCAUGCUAGUGUGAUAAAUUCCCUGAGCCUGUGGCUCGGGGAGAGAGAUCUAAUUGAACUUAAAAACAGAAGGGAACCGAAUUUUUGUUUAUUUUGAGAGAAAGAGAUAAAAGGUUGGGAUGGAAUCGAUGGAGAAUGGUAGUACCUCUACCUCUCCAAGUACAAGUCAUCAUGAACUGUCUCGUCCUGACAAGGUGUAUAUGCAGAAAUUCAGGCUCUACGAGACUCAAUCGAAAUUUUACAUGAUAGGGAGGGAUAAGAGUAGGACAUAUUGGAGAGUGCUUAAGAUUGACCGACAAGACCCUUCUGAGCUAAAUAUUCGCGAAGACUCUACCACAUAUACAGAGAGUCAAUGUUGUGAUUUGCUCAGGCGAAUACACGAAGGAAACAAGGCCACUGGGGGACUAAAGUUUGUCACAACUUGCUAUGGCAUUGUUGGCUUUAUCAAAUUUCUAGGGCCAUACUACAUGCUGCUUAUCACAGAAAGAAGACAGAUUGGUACAAUAUGUGGUCAUAAUGUUUAUGCAGUUUCAAAGAGUGAGAUGAUUCCACUUCCAAAUUCUGCUGUUCACUCUAAAAUUGCUAAUUCUAGGGAUGAGAACAGAUACAAGAAGCUCCUGUGCACGGUGGACCUGACAAAGGACUUCUUCUUUAGUUACUCAUACCAUGUCAUGUGUAGUCUUCAAAAGAACUUGUGUGAUAAAGAAACAGGCCAGGUCCUUUAUGAAACAAUGUUUGUAUGGAAUGAGUUCUUAACCCGUGGAAUACGAAAUCGCCUUCAAAAUACUUUGUGGACAGUUGCAUUAGUGUAUGGCUAUUUUAAACAGGCCACACUUUCUGCAUCUGAACGGGACUUCAAGCUCACCCUCAUUGCUAGACGUUCACGCCAUUUUGCUGGUACAAGGUAUUUGAAACGGGGUGUGAAUGAGAAGGGUAAAGUAGCUAAUGAUGUUGAGAUAGAGCAAAUUGUAUUUGAAGAUGUUCGCGAAGGGUUUCCCAUUCAAAUAAGUUCUGUCGUCCAAAACCGUGGUUCUAUCCCACUAUUUUGGUCACAGGAAACCUCACGUUUGAAUCUUAAACCAGAUAUUAUAUUGUCAAAGACGGACCAAAAUUAUGAAGCAACCAGACUACAUUUCAAGAAUCUUGUCAAUAGAUAUGGAAAUCCUAUCAUUAUUUUGAACCUGAUUAAGACGUGGGAAAAGAAGCCUCGAGAGUCAAUUCUUCGUGCGGAGUUUGCAAAUGCUAUUACUCGUAUUAACAAAGACUUGUCUGGGGAGGAGAAAUUAAAAUUCCUUCACUGGGAUCUAAACAAGCAUUCACGGCACGAUGCAACAGAAGCGUUGUUACUUCUGCGCAAAGUGGCUAGAUCGGCUUUCGCACUUACAGGUUUCUUUUACUGUCAAGUAACACCAGCCUUGAUAUCCGAAGAGUGUAUAAAUUGGCCUUUGUUUGAGAAUUCUGAGAAUGGCUAUCUAUCAUCCCAGAACACUUGCAGCUUUGGUAAUGGGGAUGCAAUUGACUUAGAGAAACUUAAUGAAGGUAAUGGCGUUGCUAAUGGAAAUCAUUCUAUGAAGCAUCCGACAUUCCAACGAGGAGUGCUUAGGACCAAUUGCAUAGACUGUCUUGAUCGCACAAAUGUUGCGCAGUAUGCAUAUGGGUUAGCUGCGCUUGGGCACCAACUUCAUGCUUUAGGAGUUACAGAUACCCCAAAAAUAGGUCUUGAUGCACCUUUGGCUGUUGAAUUGAUGAGAAUCUAUGAAAGAAUGGGCGACACACUAGCACAUCAGUAUGGCGGGUCAGCUGCGCAUAAUAAGAUAUUCUCUGAGAGAAGAGGCCAGUGGAAAGCGGCAACCCAGUCCCAGGAGUUCUUCAGAACUCUUCAGCGAUAUUAUAGCAAUGCAUACAUGGAUGCAGAGAAACAAGAUGCAAUUAAUGUAUUCUUGGGGCACUUCCAGCCACAACCAGGUAAACCUGCACUUUGGGAAUUGAAUUUCGACCAGCAUUACAGUGUGGGAAGGAAUGGGCAAACUUAUGUGGAUGAAGAUGGAAGGACAUUUUUCAAAAGGUCCUUAUCAGAUGGAAAUAUUCUACAUGAAAGUACCUUGCCUAUGUCAGCUGUGAAUGUCAAGCAGAAGAAAUUUUCGAUUCCAGCUUUGCCAACUCAAUGGGAAGCGGAAAACAAUCUUUGUGAAUCAUCCCCUGAUAUAUCACCUGCUGAAAGUAACAUAGGAUUUUCAAGGUAUUCUCCUUCAAUGCCUUGCAAACAGCUUUUUGGGGAUGUUGAAAGAGAACGAUGCCUUAUAAAUGACCCCAUUUACUUCGACACCGAAUCAAAUUUUAUCGAUUUAGACUGGCUCUUUUCCUCAGAAGAUUGUGAAGAUGAGCUAUUUGAUAGGGCAUUGGUGCAUACAUGCUCGCCAUCUACUGGGCUGUCCUCUGAUAAUGUUGUCAACGGUAUAAUGUGUGAAACAACGUCAUCCACUAGUGAAUUUGGGUCCAGCGUGAAGAUAAGGCAGCAAACGGGAACAGAGCUAUCAUACGGUACUCCACAGAAUACCCAUAUCCUCGAGGAAUACUCAGAUAGCUUCGUGCAGUGGGUAAACUAUGGAGAAACGCUCUGCCAUUGAAGCUCAACACACAUUUCACCUGAAUUAAUAUUUAUUCCUUCACUAAAUUGACUCAGCCUGCACUAAAUAUAGCUGAUCUAUAGAUAUAGACAGGUUAGCGACGGUACAAGACCGUGGGGAGAUGGCAAGAUUGAAGGGAGAGCAGAAACGCUGAUGAUGUAUUGAAGAAAUCAUCCAUCCUCCUGGCAAUGAUUCCAUCACGAAAACCUCGAUGGAACCCGAAAUGAAGUAUAAAGAGUAAAUAGCCAACAGUUUAAAAAGAAAAAAAAAAAAAAAACAUUCUUUCUGGAGCUCUUCCUUCUCUCAGUCCCGGGCCAGUCAUAGGCUUCUUAGUUUUCGAUCUUGUAAAUAUAUUUACUCUGCUCUUUGAGGGCUCCACUUCUAGAAGAAUAUUAGGUCAUUGAUUCUUUAUUUCCUUUCUGUGUUUAUCUGUUGUCAAGUGUGAAACUAACAAUUCAGCAACUGUUUGGAGGAAAAACCUACAAUUAUAUAGGACUGAUAUUAUCUUUAAGCCAUCCAAAUCCUAGAGCUUGGAUUUUCUGGUGUCC